AAGAAACCCCAGCCUCCUUUAAUUCGUACACGUGUUUAGGAUAUAGUGGCUGUUUUAUUUCCAUUUGCACUAUAGAUCACGCUCAUUAGGUGCUAAAAUAUCAGUAAUCAAGAUGCUGAAAGUUAAAGCCGAGAAAAAAUCUCGACAGCACCAGGAGGUGAAGAGUCAAGAGCUGUUGAAGGAGAGAAGGGUGUCAGCAAGGCAGCCCUACGCCCAACAGAUGUGGUUCUGGAAGUUGGUCCUGGAACUGGUAACAUGACUGUCAACUUCUGGAGAAAGCCAAGAAAGUAGUUGCAUGCGAGUUGGACACCAGGCUUGUUGUGGAGCUUCAGAAGAGAGUUCAGUGCAUUCUGAUGCAGAACAAGCUUCAGAUACUCAUAGGAGAUGUCCUUAAAACAGAGCUGCCCUUUUUUGAUGUCUGCGUGGCUAACUUGCCUUAUCAGAUAUCGUCACCUUUUGUUACUUCACAGACCAUUUUUUAGGUGUGCAGUGCUAAUGUUCCAGAGAGAGUUUGCCAUGAGGUUGGUGGCUAAACCAGGAGACAAGCUAUACUGCAGGCUUUCCAUCAACACACAGCUUUUAGCUCGGGUGGACCAUCUUAUGAAGGUGGGAAAGAACAAUUUCAGACCACCUCCAAAAGUUGAGUCCAGUGUGGUUAGGAUAGAGCCAAAAAAUCCACCGCCGCCUGUCAACUUCCAGGAAUGGGAUGGCCUUGUCAGAAUUGCUUUUGUUAGAAAAAACAAAACACUCAGAGCUGCCUUCAAGUAAGACGUCCCUAAAUGGUGUUCCUGUUGAGCAGUCAAUAGUUUUGACUUUGGUUUUUCAACUUAAGUCUCCUGCGGUUGAGCAACUUUGGAGAAGAACUAUAGAAUCCACUGCUCAGUGCACAACAUAGAAGUACCACAGGAUUUUUAACAUUGCUCAGAAAAUUGAAAAUGUCCUCCAAGUGUCCAAGUUUAGUGAAAAGAGGGCACGCUCUAUGGAUAUAGAUGAUUUCAUGGUGCUUCUUCAUGCAUUCAACUCAGCUGGGAUACACUUCUCCUAAUCCUUAAGGAACAGCUACUAGAUUGACAUGAAGUGAUGUCACAGUCUUCUGGUAUCCUAGCCCUGUACUGUGUGUACAAAACCCAUCUGGACCAAACCUGAUGUACACUGGGCACUGAGUCGUGACUCGUGCCAUAGUAAAGUUAGUUAAGGGUGGUACACUACAGUGGCAUCAUUGGGACUUCAGACUGGCAGAACAGAUUCUGACCAUACACAAGCUAGGUGGACCCAAUAUAUGUUUUUACCAUUUAACAUUUUAUAGAGUCAAAAGAGUCCCUGUUGUUUAUAACCACCACUUGUCAUAAUUGUGGUUUGAAAAAGUAGUUUUCUUUACAAAUACUAAACACUCCAAGCUUUCAUAAAAUGGGAACUGAUGAUGGUUAUUCACAUAACGUAAGAUAAAAUGACUGUAAUACUGUAAUUGUUGAAGAGAUAGUUCACCCCAAAAUGAAAAUUCUGUGAUAAUUUGCUAACCCUCAUUUUCUUUCAAACCCGUAUUACAUUUCAUAAAACACAAAAGAUGCUAUGCAGAAUGACCAGUCACCAUUCACGUUUAUUGAAUGGAAAUAAAUAUGCUAUAAAGUGAUUUGUGACUGAAACUAAUAUACGGUCUUUCGUGUUCCACGGAAGACAUUCAAAUGGGUUUCAAACAAAAUGAGGGUGAGUAAAUGACAAUAUUUUUUGGAUAAACUUUUUAAAUGGUUUGUUGCCAUUACAGUAUUUACCACUGUGUGGCACUCGAGUAUUGCUAUGGAAGUAUUAUACAGAUUAUGCUGUUGCCAAUAAUGGGUGUGUGGAAGAUAAUUCUUAAAAUUAAGAGAACACAUUUUUAUUUUAAGAUACUGUGUGAAAAUAGAAAGCAAGACUGUUAUGUGUGAGACAGAAAUAGAUUUGUCAAAAAUGAUAUAAUUAGAGAACUGGUGUUAGACUGGUGUUAUGACAUUAAACUCGAUGCAAACAAGAAUGUUUUUUCCCUCACAAAGAAAGUCACAAAUUUCACUCCCACCAGCACCAAAAUGUCUUUGUUCGUCACUUGGCUGAAGUUGCUUUGACAGAUCCAUCUCUAUUGAUUCGUAGCUGGGAUUCAUAGGCACCCCGGUGAAAUGUCUUGCCCUAUGGGGAGCAGGAAGGAAUUGAUUGAAGGGUUGCAAUGCCACAGGUGUACAGCCUCACCUGAGUAACAAUGGCCUGUACUGUCAAUCAGUGCAAGAAUUUACUCUGAUUACCUGAUGAAGACAAUACAGAAAUGCAUUGCAUAUGCAGUUAUUAGUUUAACUGAUUAAUACAUUUAAAAACGGAGUAGGGGUUAACAAAUAUAAAUAUAUAAAAAGUCUGAGCAGGAGUUAAAACAAAAGGUGGAUGGAUGUAUUUUAUUGACCUAUGAAUUAAGAAAUGCUUGGCCUUAUGCCAAUUAGGGUUUGGGGUAUUAAAAACCCCAUGAAAUGGCUUGGUAAGUGCAAUUUUUUUUUCUCCCUGUGUUGAUGUAUUUCCUAUCAAAGAGCUUUUUGCUUUUCAAAUAGCCCAUUUUUGUUUCAAAUAGUCACCAUGAUUUGCUACUGGCUAUUGUUAGUCAGAAGCUGCUAGUAUAAGGGAGAGCACUGCUGUAGAGUGCUUUUUAUUGGAUACAAAAAUUCAGAGUGUAAGAUAAAUUUGUAUCAAUUGCUCAGAAAAGACUAAUGUUUUAGAUGUGGGUCAUUAAAUAAGGUUGUCCGAAAUUAUAAAAAUAAAUAUUUUCAUGGAAA